AUGGACGCGGUUCUCAGUGCACUGCUACAACUUGGCCAGCAUACCCUCACCCAACAAGCGAGGUCUCCGGACCCUCUCCACGCCGAAGCCCAAUCCCUGCGCACCGAGACCCUGGCCGCCAAGUAUCAAGCCGAACGCGCGAAACGCAUCCGGGCCGACGGGGUUGCCCAGUUCCAGGAAACAGAGGGCAUCUACCGCUCGUUCCAAGACGAUCCGUGGGCAGCAGCAGCAGCAGCAGCAGCAGCAGCAGCAGAAGCCUCCCAGCGCGAUACGGACGGGGAUGGGUUGCGACGCGAGACCACCGUGUUGAUCGUGGGUGGGGGAUAUGCGGGCUUGGUGACGGCGGUGAAUCUCCGCAAGCAAGGCAUCGACGAUUUCGUGAUCGUCGAGAAGGGUGCUGAUUUCGGAGGCACCUGGUACUGGAAUCAAUAUCCUGGCGUCGCCUGCGACGUUGAGGCGCUCCACUAUCUCCCCUUCCUCGAAGAAACGGGCUACGUCCCUCGAGAGCGAUUCGCAUCUGGCCCCGAGAUCCGCGAGCAUGUGGCUCGGAUCGUGGAGCAAUGGAAGCUGGCGCCUCGGGCGCACCUGGGGCGGGAGAUCACGUCCAUCCACUGGGACGCGGAGGGCAGUCGCUGGGACAUCCAGACGCGCCAAGGGGAUCAUUUCCGUGCAGCCUUCGUGGUGCUAGCGACGGGAACCCUCCACAAACCAAAGCUGCCGGGGAUCCCCGGAAUUGCUGAAUUCCAACGGGAUCACUUCCACAGUAGUCGGUGGCAGCAUCAUUGUAUGGACGGGCUAGCCAACAAGACCGUGGGCAUCAUCGGCACGGGGGCCUCGGCUGUGCAGCUGGUGCCGCAGCUGGCGCGCGACGCACGGCAUCUGUAUGUCUUCCAGCGAACGCCCUCGUCGGUGGCGCGACGGCACAACCACGCCCCGGAUCCAGUCGCCAUCGCCGCGCUGGCGCCCGGCUGGCAACGCGCGCAGAUGAAUGACUUCGCCCAGAUCCUCCAGGGCGAGCUCCUCGACGAGACGGUGGACUGUCCGGCACUGGAGGGGCUGGAGGCCUUGACCAUGCGGGCAAUCCACGCCGACGCCGCCCGCCUGGGGGUGGAUCUCCGCAGCGAGCCCGAAAAGCUUGCCGCAGUGUACGAGCUGGCGGACUUCCGCUUGAUGGAGCGGUUGCGGCGGGAGGUGGAGGAGACGGUGCACGACCCUGCCGUCGCCGAGCGGCUCAAGCCCUGGUACGCGUUCAUGUGCAAACGGCCGGCCUUUCACAACGAAUACCUGGCUGCUUUCAACCGUGCCAACGUCGAGCUGGUCGACACCGCGGGCGCGGGGGUGUCGCAUCUCACCGCGACAGGCGUGGUGGCGGCCGGCCGCGAGUACCCCGUGGAUCUCCUCAUCUACUCCACCGGCUUCGAGUUCGAGCUGGGGGCCAACUUCUACCGUCGCACGGGGAUCCACCUGCUCGGGGCCCAGGGCCAGACGCUGGACGAGAAGUGGGAGGCCCGGGGCCCGUCGACGCUAUUUGGGAUCCAUCUCCGCGACUUCCCCAAUCUCUUCCAUAUUGGACCGGCCCAGGCAGGCGUGACGGCCAACCAGCUGCACAACAUCUACAUCGCGGCCGAGCAUAUUGCCUCAGUCGUGCACAUGUGCCUGACCGCCCCCGCCGCCUGUCAUCGCGUCAUUCAGCCCACCGCGGAGGCCGAAGAGGAGUGGGGCAAACAUAUCGAAACGGGGCGUGACAUGCGGCUGGCAUUUGCCCAGAAAUGUCCCCCGGGGUACUACAACCAGGAGGGCAGACCGGAGGAGAUCCCGGCUCGAUGGGGAGUGUAUCCGGCUGGCAUUGUGGCAUGGGAAAGGGUCCUGAAGGAGUGGAGAGACGAAGGGACAAUGAAGGGCAUGGAGCAACGACUGGCCCCUUUCCCGUAAAGAGUCUCAAUCAGAAUCAGGGUCUAUUUAAUAAUAGGCGGCUAGUUCCCCCCUCUCUUUCUGUACACGCACAUACCUUAUCUACCCUAGGUCCGAAUAUCCCCGGAAAGCCGAAUAUUUCGGCUACCGGGCCGGUUGGGGGAAGAAGGGUUGAUAUUGCCCACAAGCAUGAUACUAUAUUAAAUAUAGGGAUACUAUCUACCUUCGGACCUGUUAACAAAUAGUCCCUCUUCUUUUUCUUCUUCUUCUUCUUCUUCUUCUUCUUCACCAUCACCAUGCACCAAUUCUUCAAAUCCACCUGGUUGAACUUCGAAGUUGUGCGCAUCCUGGGCACGGCGCCCAACGGGGGAGCCGACAUCUGCGAGGUGCUGGAGGCCGUCGAGCAGAUUGAGGAAGGCAACGCGGAGUCCUGGCAUGACGCCUGGAAGACUCAGGCCGAACGCGCCCACGCAACCGCCCGCCGCUGCCUCGCCGC